GAAAAAUCAGUACUAUAAGUCUAUAACAAUGCGUGUUAAGGGUACAUUAAUGUGCAAAGUCAAACAAGAGGGGAUGAUCCAAGUUUUCAUUCAAAUUUUCCUGGUUGAAGACAAGAAAAGAGACCUUAAAUUUCUUGAAAUUUCUUCUUUUUUGCUAUAAUCUUUACCUAAAUCAUCACCCAUUGUUGAAUGUGAAAAUUUUCACUUCAAUUUCUUCAUCAUUAUUUCAUUUUUUCAUUUUUGGUGCUAAUUUAGCUUCUGGGUUAUCCUUCCUUUGCUCAAAAAUCACAGCUUUCUUGUUUGUUUUUUUAUGUUUUUUUUAUUGGUUUUUAUGGCUAAAUGAUAGUCUGUUACUUCUCAUUAACUAUAACACAGCUGGAAAAUCUUCUGGGUAUUGAUUUUCUUUAUAAAAUUAGGAGUUUUUGAUGCUUGGUGCAACAAUUUAUGAGUUAUUAAGAUAGCUUGUUUAUAUAACAUCCAAUUAUACACAUAUAUUUGUCAAAUUUUUACUGAGUUUUAAGCUUUCUGGGGGUCAAGAAUUUAUUGGGUUUUGUUCAUACAACUUGGUAGUUGCAUUAAAUAAACACAAGUACCUCAAUAUUUUACACUUGGGUAUUCUAAAAAAGAAAAAAAAAAGACGUAAAAAUCUCAUCUUUUUCAUAAAAUUGAGUAAAUUAUUCACAGAAGCUCCCUUCUUCUCCUCUUUUCUUGGAUUUGAGUCAAAAUGGGACAAGCUAGAAGAAGAAGAAGACUAAGGUUUAGCAAGAUCUACUCAUUUCAUUGUGGGAAAGCAUCAUUUAAAGAAGAUGAUCAUUCAGAGAUUGGGGGUCCUGGUUUUUCAAGAGUUGUCUUUUGUAAUGAAUCAAAUGGUUUUGAUUCAUCAAUUAGAGAUUACCCAGAUAAUUAUGUUAGAACUACUAAGUAUACACUUGCAACUUUUAUACCCAAAUCUUUGUUUGAACAAUUUAGAAGAGUUGCCAAUUUUUUCUUCCUUGUAACUGGUAUUCUGUCCUUUACUCCACUUGCUCCUUAUACUGCUGUUAGUGCCAUAGUUCCUCUCAUUUUUGUGAUUGGUGUUAGUAUGCUUAAGGAAGCCAUUGAAGAUUGGAAGCGCAAACAACAGGAUAUAGAGGUCAAUAAUAGAAAAAUAAAAGUGCACAAUGGAAAUGGGGAAUUUAAACUAUCCGAAUGGAGGCAUUUAAAAGUAGGGGAUAUAGUGAAAAUCGAGAAGGAUGAGUUUUUUCCAGCCGAUAUACUUUUGCUUUCAUCUAGUUAUGAAGACGCUGUGUGCUAUGUGGAAACAAUGAAUCUUGAUGGUGAGACUAACUUGAAAAUGAAACAAGCACUUGAUGCUACCACAUCGUUGCUUGAGGAUUUGAGCUUCAAGGAUUUUAAAGCGACCAUUAGAUGUGAAGACCCGAAUGCCAAUCUAUAUACCUUUGUUGGAAGUAUGGAUUAUGAGAAACAACAGCAUCCGCUCAGCCCGCAACAGCUUCUCCUCCGAGAUUCUAAGCUUCGGAAUACAGAUUACAUCUAUGGUGUUGUGGUCUUCACUGGUCAUGACACUAAGGUUAUGCAGAAUGCUACGGACCCACCUUCAAAGCGUAGUCGAGUCGAGAAGAAAAUGGAUCAGAUUAUAUACUUCUUAUUUUUUAUCUUGUUUUUGAUGUCUUUUGUUGGAUCUGUUGUGUUUGGUGUAACGACCAACGAUGACCUCAAAAACGGCAUAAUGAAGAGGUGGUAUCUCAGACCGGAUGACUCGUCAGUCUACUUUGAUUCCAAGAGGGCUCCAUUAGCAGCAUUUUUACACUUCCUAACUGGUCUUAUGUUAUACACUUACCUGAUCCCUAUCUCUUUGUAUGUGUCUAUAGAAAUCGUUAAAGUUCUUCAAAGCCUUUUCAUCAACCAAGAUAUUCAAAUGUAUUAUGAGGAAGCUGAUAAGCCAGCACACGCCCGUACCUCAAACCUAAAUGAAGAGCUUGGUCAAGUCGAUACGAUACUUUCUGAUAAGACGGGUACUUUGACUUGUAACUCUAUGGAGUUUAUUAAGUGCUCUAUAGCUGGGACAGCAUAUGGCCGUGGAAUUACAGAGGUCGAAAAGGCUAUGGCUAAGAGAAAAGGUUCACCUUUACCGAGUGGGUUGGCCAAUGUUUUACCAUUAUCCAAUGGGAUAGUCAAUGAACACGACGAAAAUGAGGACGAUUUUGCUGAUGCAAGUUCUGGUAUCAAAGGGUUUAAUUUCAAGGAUGAAAGAAUUAUGGAUGGUAAUUGGGUGAAUGAGCCAAAUUCACAUGUUAUCCAGAUGUUCUUUCAGCUACUAGCUCUUUGUCACACCGUGAUUCCAGAAGUAGAUGAAGAAACAGGAAAGAUUUCGUAUGAAGCAGAAUCGCCAGAUGAGGCAGCUUUUGUUAUUGCAGCUAGAGAACUUGGCUUUGAGUUCUACAAAAGGACUCAAACCACUGUUUCAUUGCUUGAAUUGGAUCCUGAUUCUGGCCAAAUAAUUGAUAGAGAAUACAAAAUCCUGAGUAUCUUGGAUUUCAAUAGUACUAGAAAAAGAAUGUCGGUGAUUGUUGAAACUGAGGAUGGGAAAAUGUUUUUGCUCUGCAAGGGUGCCGACAGUGUUAUGUUUCCGCUGCUAGCCAAGCAUGGUGAUGAGUUUGAAGCGCAGACCAGAGACCAUGUAAAUGAAUACGCUGAUGCAGGGCUGAGGACCUUGUUGCUUGGCUAUCGGGAAAUAGAUGAAGAAAAAUUCAAAGAGUUCAGUGAAUCAUUUAAUGCUGCUAGGAAUGCUGUUAGCGCAGAUAGAGAAACACUAAUCGAGCAAGCAGCAGAGACAAUUGAAAGAGAUUUGAUACUUCUAGGUGCAACUGCAGUCGAGGACAAACUUCAACGCGGGGUUCCGGAAUGUAUUGAUAAGCUUGCACAAGCCGGAAUAAAGAUAUGGGUCUUGACUGGCGAUAAGAUGGAGACAGCUAUUAACAUAGGGUUUGCUUGUAGCUUGUUGAGACAAGGGAUGAAGCAGAUAAUGAUCAAUUUAGACGACCCAGAAAUCAAAACAUUGGAAAAGUUGGGUGACAAGGAUGCCAUCACUAAGGCAUCCAAAGAAUUAGUGCGCAAACAAAUUACUGCGGGAAAGACCCAAGUCGGUGCAUCAGGGACAAGUUCUGAUGCCUAUGCUUUAAUCAUUGAUGGGAAAUCUCUUGUAUAUGCUUUGGAGGAUGAUACAAAGAACAUAUUCCUAGAGCUUGCAAUCAGCUGCGCCUCUGUAAUUUGUUGUCGCUCGUCACCAAAGCAGAAAGCAUUGGUCACAAGACUAGUGAAAAAUGGUACAAAGAGAACAACUUUAGCCAUCGGUGAUGGAGCGAAUGAUGUAGGAAUGCUUCAAGAAGCUGACAUUGGGAUCGGGAUCAGUGGCGCCGAGGGAAUGCAGGCUGUAAUGUCUAGUGAUAUUGCUAUCGCUCAAUUUCGGUUUUUGGAGCGUCUGCUGCUCGUACAUGGACAUUGGUGUUACCGAAGGAUAACCUCUAUGAUCUGUUAUUUUUUCUACAAGAACGUCGUUUUUGGCGUCACAGUUUUCUUGUUUGAAGCCUAUGCAUCGUUCUCUGGUCAACCGGCUUAUAAUGAUUGGUUCCUAUCACUAUAUAAUGUGUUCUUCACAUCACUUCCUGCAAUUGCUUUGGGAGUCUUUGAUCAAGACGUUUCUGCACGUUUCUGUCUCAAGUUCUCGCUACUCUAUCAAGAAGGCGUUCAAAAUGUCCUCUUCAGUUGGCUACGAAUACUCAGCUGGAUGGUCAACGGAAUGAUCAGCGGUAUAAUAGCCUUCUUCUUCUGCAAGAAAGCACUGUCAUACCAGGCUUUUAGUCACAACGGCAGACCUGUGGACUUCCAAAUCUUCGGAGCAACUAUGUAUACAUGUGUUGUAUGGUUAGUCAACUGUCAGAUGGCGCUCUUCAUCCGCUACUUCACCCUCAUACAACAUAUAGUCAUUUGGGGUUCUAUAGCGUUUUGGUACGUCUUCCUUUUGAUAUAUGGAUUGAUGAAUCCCAAUUUUUCAAAGACAGCAUAUCAGGUUUUUGUUCAGUCACUCGCCCCAACGCCAAAAUAUUGGCUCCUAAUAAUCUUUGUAGUAAUAUCCGCGUUAGUCCCCUACUUUACGUAUUCCGCUCUCCAAAUGAGGUUUCUGCCGAUGUACCAUCAGAUGAUCCAAUGGAUACGGCAUGAAGGGCAGACUGAAGACCCCGAGUACUGCCAUAUGGUUCGUCAGAGAUCGAUAAGACCCCAAACGGUGGGCUACACAGCCCGUGCAGCAGCUAGAAAGAAGGACAAACGCCAAAGUAAAAGUUAUUGACGUAUAUUGGUUUGUUGGUGAGGAUUAUGAUCAUUCGUAAAGCAUGGAACGCAGUCGGGCCAUUUUGAUCCGCCUGAAUUUUGUCGGUUUUGUUAGUUGUAGAGGAUAUGUAUUGUACAGAAGAGUAUACUCAAGCUGUAUCAUAUGUGUCAGAUAGGGCAAAAGUUAAGAGCCUAGCAUAUGUACAUUCUUUUUCGUUCUUUUCAUCAGCAAGCUGUUGAUAUUCUUUGGUUAUAGCUCAUAAUCUCUAGAAUAGUUGUACAGAAAAAUUAGUGUGUUUAUUAUAUAGAUAAAAGUAGAAAAAUAUUAUUUUGUUUUAUCGUUUGUGUUUCUAUCCUUCAAACUUCGUCUAAAUGGAAGUCUAGAUGGGAGUUUUUUUGAUGAGAUAAAGGUAUUGAAACGAUAUCAUUAGACUUUGCGUGUACAUACCUUAUGUACUUAUCACUGAAUAACUUUUU